CCUUAAAUUUCGUGAUAAGAGCAAACUGGGGUAAAUCCUUACAAAAGAAGAAGGAGCACCGCCGUUUGUGCCGAAGAAGAGAUUGUAGGUCGGAGAUUGUGCUUGUUUGUGCUGCGAUAGCGCGGUCCCGACGCGGUUGGUUUUCGAAAACUGUGUCACGUUCACAACCAAUCUCGUGUGCGCCUCUCAAUAACAACGCCGGAAACCUUUCGUGCCUGCGUAGGCAAAAACCGCGAGUCACCGUGUGUUGUUUGGAAAAUUGUUCACAAAUUAGUGUAAUCUAUCGUCGUCAUUUCAUCUCACGUGGCUUGGGCUACGGAUUAAGUCAAAGGAGAAGGGGAUCGAUUGCCGGUGAAAGCCUCCAAGUGCGGCCCACACUAGUUUCCUCCGCGACCCGUGGUGGGGGAAGAUAGUCAGGAUGCUGAAUCCUGUGGAGGCGCUGGCCAGCGUGUCCGGUGCAUCCGUGCCAGCCAUCCGUCUCAUUCUGUCCGUCCUUUUGGCAUACCCAAUCGGAUUGCUGUACCGGCAGCUGAAGGGUGGCCCCACGGUGCGAAACCUUUUCAUCGCCUUCACUGGACUAUCGAUCGUGUUGUUCAACUAUGGCACGGACAUCUACCAUAGCUUGCUGGCCGUGGCCGUGAGCUUCCUGUGCAAUGCGCUGCUCGGUCGCAGCACUCUGCUGGUACCGGUUAGCUUCGCUUAUCACAUGGGAUACCUGCUCAUUGGGUACUACUACACGACGAGCGACACGUACGACAUCAAGUGGACAAUGCCGCACUGCGUACUGGUGCUUCGACUCAUUGGACUAGCGUUCGAUUUAUCCGAUAGCCGGCAGAAGGAAGCACAGGGAAAAGCCGAUGCCAAAUGUAUUCAGGCACCAACACUGCUGGAGCUAAUCGCAUUCACCUAUUUCCCGGCCUCGGUGCUUGUUGGGCCACAGUUCAGCUUCCUGCGCUACCAACGAUUCAUCGCGGGGCUCUAUGAACCACACACACAAGGUGCGCCAGCGUACGCGACGAAGAAGUUCUUGCAGGGAGUGUUUUACCUGGUGGUGAACCAAGUCGGUACACAGUACGUCUCCGAUGCAUACCUGAUGUCGGCCGAGUUCGAGCAGGAAUCGCUGUUCAUGAAGCACAUCUACAUGGGCUGCUGGGGUCGUAUAACGCUAUACAAGUACAUUUCGAUCUGGUUGCUAGCCGAGGGUGCCGCCGUGCUGUAUGGUCUGACCUACAUCGAUGCCAAGCCUGGCGAUCGGGAAUACAGCCCGGAUGAACUGUCGGGCUGCAGCAACAUCAAGGUAGGCGUGUUCGAGAACACCAGCAAGUACGGUCACUACGUCGAAUCGUUCAACGUACAAACAAACACGUGGGUCGCCAGCUACGUUUACAAGCGAUUACGUUUCCUCAACAACCGCAUGCUGAGCCAUCUGGGGGCCCUGUUCUUCCUGGCCAUCUGGCACGGUUUCCAUAGCGGCUACUACAUUACAUUCCUGAUGGAGUUUGCCGUCAUACACAUGGAGAAGGAGGUGGAACCGAUUUUGGUGAAAAAUGAAAAGCUGCAGCAACUUUACCGAGAGCAACCGCUGGUUAGGGCACUCGUCUUCGUAGCGCUCAAGUUCUAUACCAUCGUGUGGGCCGGCUGGUGCCUGGUGCCGUUCGUGUUUCUCAGCUUCCACAAGUGGUGGCACAUCUACACGACGGUGCGUUUCACCGGUUUCAUUCUGUUCGCUUUCGGCAAUGUAGCGCUUGCACCACUGCUCCGUGCCAUUCUGCCAAGAUCUGCUUCCUCCUCAUCGAGAAAAGAAGGAAGUAGCCAAGCUUCUUCCAGUACUGCCACUACCGCAGCUCAAGAUCAAUCCGUUCCGGUGAAAAAGGACAACUAACGAGUGGCAAGGCAAGUGUAUGUACUUGUGAGUGAGUGUGCGUGUGUCUUCGGAAAGGGAAUUCAUUUUAGGUUUUAUAUUUUUUAAUCAAAAACCAUUGUGUAGCGGAGUUCUCGCAUGCGGCGCGAUCUCGACGGUGAACAGCGAGUUCGAUGUGAUAGGAGGACGAUGGUGUGUUGGAUACACGCAAUAGAAUAUACAUUCUGCCUUCCUCCAUCUGUCCAUGUGAAGGAGUCAAUUUCACAGCUAUUAUGCGGUGGCUAACAGAUGAAUGCCACGCUACAUCUUGAUGCACAAUACAAUACUUAAAGCUCCCAACCUUUGGGUUUCUCCUUUGUGGAAUUCAUUGGUUUGUUGAGCGGAGCAACGUGUUACUUGUCUUCCUAAUCUGGCUGGCAAGUUCCUAGAAAUUGGUUGAGAGUCAUAGCACGCCUAGCAUCGAGUUUACUAACCGUGUUACUAUUUUGGACCUAUGCCUACUACGCACCGUUUGCGCCCUUUUUUCUCCAUGCAUGCUUUUUAGAGAAUGGCAGAGUUACGCUUGCCCUUCUCGCUCUAUCUCUCUAUCUUCCAAAUAUGCUGCGCGUUCGUGUUGUACUCCUCUUCCACGUUGAAAAAUACCAAAUAUAAAAAAAAACAAAUUACAGAUCGCAUUACCUGGUCCUUAUCGCGACUGAGAGAGAACAAGAGGAACGGGAAAAGGGAUAGACGGUUCAGAGGGUCUCGCGAUAACCUACAUCCGAGACUGUCUUUUGCGGCAGUUUGUUUUUAAAUUGAGAUUUAUGGCGACAGCGCUAAAUGAUCCCGAAUAAACGCUACAGUAAGUGCGGCGAAUGAUUUAAUUUUAAACUCAACAAACAGAAUAGUAAAUAAAGCAUUGCUAGUCAUAUUGUGCUUCAUCCAG